AUGAUGAUCGUAGACGAUGCUCAACAACUGGCAUUUUAUCUUGGUAUUUGUCUCUUCAUCGCCUGUCUAAUUGGAAAUGGUAUCAAUAUUCUCGUCUUUUCCAAAGCUCGCACUUAUCGAACAAAUCCUUGUACCUUCUAUUUUCUCAUGGGUUCAAUCGAUAACAUGUUCUACGUCUUACUCAAUCUUACCAUUCGUAUCUUAAGUGACACUUAUAAAAUUGAUAUAUACAGAGCAUCUGACGUGUGGUGUAAAAUACGACAGUUUUUUCUCUUUGUUCCUGCUCUUAUCUCUGUGACUUUCUCAUGCUCAGCCAUCAUCGAUCAGUUUCCAAUCACAUCAAGAAAUGUCCAACUUCGAAAUUCAAGUGAAACUAAAUGUUUAGGUGAAUAA